AUGGGAUCAUCCAUUCGUAACCCCGCGGUCCUGUUGUGCGCCCUCCUUGUCCCGACUUUCGUUAUCUCUCGUCCCACCAUAGUUCCUGGGGAAUGCCCGGCCGAUGCAGCCCUACCACUUGACUCCCACUGCAUUGAACCACUAACCUCGACUGGAAUUCCCGAAAUCACAGUCUAUGAACAUACUCCACAUAGUUCUUCGGCCCUGACAGUCUAUGUCGACUCGCUCCAGCAGAUGACCCGGAAGGCCAAGGCAACCAUUGCCGUGCUCUCGACCCUGAUCGCUUAUGUAUCCGUCAACAGCAUAAUCCACGCACUCCGGCCGGCUGCUUUUGUCUGGUCCGCGGAAGACCGGGAGGAGCGGGACUGGAUCGCGAGCUCGCGCUCGUGGUUCGACCGCAAAUCCUGCCGAUGGCUCAGCAUCUGUGGUGCAGCCCAUUUACAAACCGUACACGGCGAAUUCGGGCUUCGCGAUCCGGAGGGUGUAAAUGCGCAAGAUGCCGAGCCAGAGGCACCAUGGCGGUCCUUUUGGAUUAGCGGGGCUAGUGAGUCCGAGUGGGAUGCCGAAGAGCGGGCUCGGCGGCAGAUCCCGGACUAUGUUUUCCACUAUGCCCCACUCGUUCACCUUUAUUCUGGCGAGCAGUUCUGGCCUGGGGAUAUCGCAGAGCACUUGCAUCACACUACUCCGACCCUAAAUUACACCCCGAUUCAGGCUCAAUGGGACCAUCCGACGCUGGGCGAUCUGGAUGAGUUGAACAAGUGGGGGGCCAGGCACCUUUUCUUGACGAGCAAUGAUGAUGUACAGACGCGUCCACCGUGGCUGGAGGGCGAUAGGAAUAUCCCGCAAACAUACGGGAACGAUAAGGAAGAAUCCUGGGCUGAUUGGGAUGGCCGAGUCGAUGGUGAUAUUCCCGGUGAUACGGAGAAAGAUCGAGCCAAGUGGUAUGAUUUUCACCAAUUGCAACAAGAAGCUGCCGAUGUACACGAAUCCAACGCCGAUGAACAUUUUCAAGCUCAGCAAAUACUCAAAGAGGAGCUUCGCAGACGUUAUGGUGGAGAGGAUAUCUACGAUGGUGGUGCCGGUGGUCGAAGCGAUGCCCCUGCAAUCCUGGUGGUGAUGGACAAAGGCAACGGAAUUGUCGAUGCAUUCUGGUUCUACUUCUACAGCUUCAAUCUCGGUAACACUGUUGUCAACGUGCGGUUCGGCAAUCACGUCGGCGACUGGGAGCAUUGUCUGGUGCGAUUCCACAAUAGCAAACCGAAAGCGCUCUUCUUCAGCGCCCACCAAGGGGGAGAGGCUUACAGCUAUGAAGCCGUUGAAAAGAUCGGACAACGGGUAAGGACGUACAUGAUACGAGCAGUAAGUAUUAUCUCACUGACUUUACCUCGCCAGCCUGUCAUCUACUCUGCCGAGGGCAGCCAUGCCAUGUACGCCACGGCCGGGGUGCACGAGUACCUUCUCCCCUGGGGACUGCUGCAUGAUGUAACCGACCGCGGCCCACUAUGGGACCCCCUCCUCAACACGAAGGCAUACACUUACGACUUCGACAACAAGCAUCUGCGGGCGUCCACCUUCAGCCCCUCCGCCCCAACAGAAUGGUUCCAUUACAGGGGCCACUGGGGUGACAAGUUCUACCCACUAGGCGAUUCUCGUCAGUAUCGAUUCGCAGGCCAGUACCACUUCGUGAACGGACCCCUUGGCCCGAAGUUCAAACAUCUCAACCGCCACAAGGUGUGUCAGGGCCCAGAUCAUGCUCCCUGUGUCAUCAAGAACUAUGUCGAGCAAGGGAAGCGACCUCAGCGGUGGGGCUCAAGCAGACAAGGAGAGUAG